GUCUGCAGGAUGUCACUGUAACAAAUGAAGAGGCUCUGCAGCUGUUCAAUGUGACUGUGCCUUCCAUCCCCAUGUCCGAGGACUGUCUGUACCUCAGCAUCUACACGCCUGCCCAUGCCCAUGAGGGCUCUCACCUGCCUGUGAUGGUGUGGAUCCACGGCGGAGGGCUUGUCGUGGGCAUGGCUUCCAUGUAUGAUGGCUCCAUGCUGGCAGCCUUCGAGGACGUGGUGGUGGUCACUAUCCAGUACCGCCUGGGCAUCCUGGGCUUCUUCAGCACUGGGGACAAGCACGCAACCGGCAACUGGGGGUACCUGGACCAGGUCGCCGCUCUGCGCUGGGUCCAGCAGAAUAUCGCUCAUUUUGGAGGCAGCCCAGACCGUGUCACCAUUUUUGGCGAGUCUGCAGGUGGCAUAAGUGUGUCGUCACAUGUUCUGUCCCCCAUGUCCCAAGGACUCUUCCAUGGUGCCAUCAUGGAGAGUGGUGUGGCCUGGAUGCCUGGCUUCAUCACCAACUCAUCUGAUAUGACCUCCAGGAUGGUGGCCAACCUGUCUGUCUGUGACCGGGUUGACUCAGAGGCCCUGGUGGGCUGCCUGCGGGGCAAGAGUGAAGAGGAGAUCCUGGCUAUUAACAAGGCCUUCCCGAUCAUCUCCGGCGUGGUGGAUGGGGCCUUCCUGCCCAGGCACCCCCAGGAGCUGCUGGCCUCUGCUGACUUCCAGCCUGUCCCCAGCAUCAUUGGCAUCAACAAUGAUGAGUAUGGCUGGAUAGUGCCCAAGUUCUUUGGCUUCUAUGACACCCAGAGAGAAAUGGACAGAGAGGCCUGGGAGGAUGUUCUGCAGAAAACGUUCAAACUGAUGGCGUUGCCUCAUGAGCUUGGUGACCUGUUGAUGGAGGAGUACGUGGGGGACAGCAAGGACCCCCAGGCCCUCCAAGCCCAGUACCAGGAGCUGAUGGCCGACUCCAUCUUCGUGAUCCCUGCACUCCGAGUAGCACAUUCUCAGUGUUCCCGUGCCCCUGUCUACUUCUAUGAGUUCCAGCAUCGGCCCAGCUUCUUCAAGGACGUCAGGCCACCACACGUGAAGGCAGAUCAUGGCGAUGAGAUUUUCUUUCUUCUGGGAACCUCAUACUGGGGCAAACACAUUGAACUCACCGAGGAGGAGGAGCUUCUGAGUAGGAGGAUGAUGAAGUACUGGGCCAACUUUGCUCGAAAUGGGGACCCCAACGGCGAGGGUCUGCCCCACUGGCCCAAGUUAGACCAGGAGGAGCAGUACCUGCAGCUGGACAUACGGCCUGCAGUGGGCCGGGCCCUGAAGGCCCACAGGUUCCAGUUCUGGACAGAGAUCCUGUCCCAGAAGAUGCAGGAGCGAACGGCGGCUGAGAAGCACACGGAGCUGUAGCUCCUGUGUCGGGGAGCGAGGGGGUGGGCGCCAUUACGGUGGGGUCUGCCUCGUGUGCCCACACACAGCCACCGAGGAGCCAGCAGUUGAUUCCGUCCCUCACAUGGCAUUCAUUCAUUCUUCCAUGUGCCUACUCAGGAAACAUUAAGAACCUGCUGCGUGAAGUUAGUUGUCAAGCCGGCCACGGGUCUUCUCUUUUUAGACAUAGUCAAUGAAUCCCCCAGGGAGCAGUGCAGGGGCAAAGCCUCGUGGAAGCCCGCCCUCCCCGGCGCUCCACUGGGCUCUGGGCCCCAUCCUCCCCUCCUCACCUCUGCCUUUUCCUCACCCACCCUCUUCUCUCCUCCGAGCCCCCAGGCCUGCCCCACUUGGAGGGAGGUGCUUUGGGGAAUGUUGCCCACACCUGGGUGUCAAAAGCCGAUGUCCACCUCUCCACAAGUCCCACAUGUCCUCAUAUCCAUAAGUGGCCAGUAGAAA